GUGUCCUCAGGAGGUUAGGACCAUCUCCUGCAUUCAGGAGUAUUUUACUAUUUAUUUUGCUCUUUUAUUUUUAUUUCAUUACAAUUCCUUCACAUUAUACGGAGCUGGACAGCUACACUGAGUAGUCUGAUCCAUUACUUGAGGAUGUCACCGGGGUCUCUUGUGCUGUGCACUGACCAUCCAGCAUUGAUUCCCUCCCUCUGACAUACAGAGAGAGGAUGCGCUGGCCGGGACACAGGGCUGAGGUAUAGCCAGGUUCAUCCUGUUGCUCAAUCCUCCUUAUAUGCCCCAAGGAUCCCUACACUACAGUCUGGGAACUCCUGCCGUGGCUCAUUUAAGGAACAGCUUGUGUACACCAUGUCUGAAGGUACAGGUGAUAACCUUUUUUCCAGGCCAGCAACUACUUCAUCGGUUAAGUAUUUAGCUUGUGCCAAAUGCCGCAUCUGGUCACAAGGACCCUCUGUGUUCCACGUGCAAGCCACCUGAUGCAGUUUCGGAAACAUCAGAACUCCGUCCUCAGGUAAGCCAAGCCUCCCAUGGGGACCCAUCAGGCCAGCCCCGGGACUCCACCCCCCUGGACCCCCAGCCUCCCCCAGAAUGGGCAUCUAAGCUUGCCGCCGGCAUUCCUAAAUUGGUGGAGUCCCGUGGCUAGAUAAGCCUCGGCCUAAGCCUCCAAAAUGUAGAGCCCCCUCUCCUUCCGAGGAUGAGUGUGAGCCGGAGUCCAUCACUACUUCAUCCCUGCCGCCUGACUCCGAGGAGGAUCCGGCUCUGUCUGAUGGUGAACUAUCUCACAGUUCCGACCCAGAGUAAGGGGAAUCCCCCCAAACUCUCCUCCGAGGCCAUUGAUUCCCUCAUUUCAGUAUUGGAGACCCUUCACUUAAAGGAGCCUGAACCUAGUUGCAGUACCUCCUUGUUUAAGCGCCGCAGCAGGUCCUCACAUUCCUUUCCUCUCUCAUGCUCAACUCGAGCAAAUUAUACAACAGGAAUGGUUCAAGCCAGAGGGAUGUUUCCAGGCUAACCGCAGUUUUUCUCAAACUAUAUCCUUUUCCACAGGAACUAACGGAAAAGUGGACCUCCCCACCUUCAGUGGACGCGCCUGUCUCUCAACUAUCUAAGGGCACUGCUUUACCAGUUCCUGAUGCAGCCUCCUUCAAGUACUCCAUGGACAAGAAGCUUGAGGGCAUUCUAAGUUCCCUCUUCUCUGCUUCAGGUACCUCCCUUCGGCCUGUUCUAGACUCGGCUUGGGUAAGUAGAGCCGUCCAAACUUGGUCGGACGCCUUAUGCCGAGCGAUUGCCACAAGGGUCCCCCAUGAAGAACUCGCUCAUUUGGCCUCGCAAAUCAAGGAGGCUUACUACAUAUGUGAAGCCUCCCUCGAUGCGCUACAGGUGAUUAGCAGAACUUCAGCCGACUUGACUUGUCGGUAUCGGUUCGCAGAUCUCUCUGGAUGAAACUGCGGACUUGUCUUCAAAAAGUCUCUCACGACACUCCACCACCUGCAGAGGACGCUUCAGUGGAAGGUCCAGGCCAUCCUGGCAGUCCCGCAAGUCCACGUCUGCAUUACUCACCCCUUCUUCCCUUGAGCGACUCAGCCGUAGGGGGGGGGAGACUUUGCAGGUUUGCCGACUCCUGGAAGAAUCUGACUCAAGACGCCUGGGUACACAAGGUCGUGAGUCAGGGCUACCACCUAGAAUUCGCUUCUCUCCCGCCCCGCCGGUUCUUCAUGUCCAGAUAUCCUCAGGGGCAUCAAAAGGCUCAGGCGCUGCACGACGCGAUCAGCAAGCUUAUCCGUUCAGAGGUCAUCAUCCCUUUUCCGACUGAGGAGAGAUUCCGAGGCUAUUACUCAAACUUGUUUGUAGUUCCCAAGAAGGAUGGAUCUGUUCGGCCAAUCCUGGACCUCAAGGAACUCUAUACUUUCAUUCGACCGCGAAGGUUCAAGUUGGAAUCCCUCAGGUCUGUCAUCGCGGCCCCAAUUUUCUGUCCCCAUCAGAGAUUCUUGCGAUUUGCCUUCCAAAAUCGCCACUUCCAACUCACAGACCUUCUCCUUGGCCUGAACUCGGCCCCUCGUGUCUUUACCAAGAUCAUGUCGGUGGCCACUGCUCUAAUCCGCACCAGGGGGAUCUCCAUAACUCCUUAUCUGGACGAUCUCCUGAUCAAGGCACCUUAAUUUGCAGUGGCCCAGCAGGCGUUGCACUUCACCAUGGUUCGAUUACAGGAGUUUGGUCGUUAACCCCAAGCCAAUCCAUGGUCUUCCUCUGGAUGCAGUUCAACACCCAGACACACACUCUCCCAGUGACAAGGUCCAGCAUUUGCGGACCCUCGUGCGGUCUCUCCUCUCGAAGUCCCACACCGCGAGAUUCUACAUGAAGGUGUUGGGAGUCAUGGUUUCGAUGAUAGAAUCAGUUCCCUUCACCCAACGUCACCUCAGGGAGCUUCAGUGGAAUAUUCUUGCGGCCUGGAGGCACAAAUCCCUUCUCCUGGAAUUUCGUUUAUCCCGCAUGACUCGAGUCUCUCUUCUCUGGUUGAUGCAAACCAGUCACCUGACCAGGGGCAGACCCCUAGGGGAUCCACAAUGGUGACUGCUCACCACAGAUGCAAGCCUCUCCGGUUGGGGAGCAGUGCAGAGGGUCGGUCAGCGCAGGGUUGCUGGUCUCUAUCGGAACAAUGUCUUCACAUCAACCUUCUUGAGAUACAGGCAAUCCGACUCGCCUGUCAGCCAUCUUCAUUCCAGGUCUCUUAAACUGGGAAGCAGAUUAUCUCAGCAGACAUCCCUAGAUCCUUGCAAAUGGCCUGUAAAGGACAACAUCUUCCACAAGAUCACUCAAAGAUGGGGGACGCCAGAGGUCGAUCACAAUCGUAAAGUUCCUCUCUACUUUGCAAGGUCCAGGGACCCUCUGGCGGCAGACGCCCUCACCUCUCCCUGGGACUUCCAUCUUGCUGGGUCUAGGAUCUAGUACAUCUCUCAGUAGAGGAACCUUGGCCUCUCAUCCUGGACCUUCUCUCUCAGGGUCCAAUCCUUCACCACUGUCCUGCCACCCUCAAUUUGAUGGCGUGGCUACUGAAACUGCGAUCCUAAGACGGAAGGGGUUCUCUGACACUGUCAUUCUACCAUGCGUGCAGCCCGCAAACCGGUCUCCGCCAAGACGUACCAUUGGGUCUGGUUCACUUUCCAUUGGUGGUGCCAAUGUAAUGGUUUCAAUUCACUGAAGUUUUCCACUCCACUCCUUCUGGCCUUAUACAGGAGGGACUGUCCCUGCACAUGUCCCCCGGAUCACUGAAAUCUCAGUUUUCGGCACUUCCAUCCUGUUCCAAAGACCUCUCGCCUUCUUCCCAGAUGUUAGGAUUUUUCUUCAGGGAAUGGCCCACAUAAAGCGCCCGGUACUUUCACCGGUGCCAAAUUGGGACUUAACCUUAGUCCUACGUGCCCUGCAACACGCUCCCUUUAAACCCAUGGAUUCUAUUCCACUUCAGUGGCUCACAUGGAAAACAGUUUUUUCUGCUGGCUAUUGCCUCAGCACGGAGAGUAUCUGAGAUCUCUGCCCAAUCCUGUAGGUCUCCUCUGUUGACCUUCCACAACGACAGGGCAGUACUUCAUACUUCUCCCUCU